AUGCCGGCUAGGUUCGAUGUGGCCUUAGGCCGCUCGGUCGCUGGUCAAUUGCGUGGAUCGCGCCUUAGACAUCUAGAUCCGCGCAGCCAGUCUCUGCUCUCCAACCUGCAAAGGAGGGGCUUCGCAACCCGUGUGGAGCAUACCACGGCUAUCAACACAUCUGAUGAAUCCAGGGAACGAGUCAUUAUUCUCGGGAGCGGAUGGGGAGGAUACACACUCAGUCGCUGCCUUGACCCGAAGCAGUUCUCACCGUUGGUAAUUUCACCACGUUCCUACUUUGUCUUCACGCCGCUUUUGACGGAUGCUGCGAGCGGCUCACUGGACUUCUCGAACCUCGUCGAGCCUGUGCGCGACCCCAGGGCCAAAGUGGACUUCUUCCAAGCCCGGGCCCGAGGCCUCGAUUUGAAGAAGAAGACGGUUCUGUGCGAGGCCACGGUCGUGCAAAGCGGUGUAACACAGACACCUCGUACGGAAGAUAAUGAGGGUCAUCCCGCGAACCUCGCGAAAUGGGAGCAAGGGGAGCUGUUUGAAGUGCCUUAUGAUAAACUGGUAAUAGCGGUUGGCACUGUGGCCCGCACCUUCAACACGCCGGGGGUUCGGGACAAUGCGCUGUUCUUCAAGGAUAUCGGGGAUGCGAAGCGCGUUAAGCGCAGGAUUCGCGAGCUAUUCGAGCUGGCGGUGUUGCCGACGACGACCCCGGAGAUGAAGAAAUGGCUCUUGCAUUUCGCGAUUGUCGGCGCGGGCCCAACGGGUACGGAACUAGCUGCCUCGCUACGGGACUUCAUUCAUAAGGACCUUAUGCGGGUGUAUCCUGCGCUGCGGGAUAUCCCCAAAAUCAGUCUCUAUGACGUUGCCCCGAAUGUUUUAUCCAUGUUCGACAAGACCCUCUCGCAGUAUGCGAUGGAUACAAUGAAGAGUGAGGGCAUCGAUAUCAAGACCUCCCAUCAUAUUAAGAGUCUUCGCUGGGGCCCGCCUGGGGCUCCUCCACCAUACCAUAUGGACCCCAAGGGCUGUUUGACCCUCGAAACUGCCGAGGAAGGGGAAGUCGGCGUUGGCAUGUGCGUCUGGGUGACUGGCAAUGCACAAAACAAGUUUGUGAAAGACACUCUGUCCAAAAUCGGCCCUCUGCCCACUGGCUUCGAGGGCGAUGGUGCUCCGGACCAGCCGCAAGCCCCGGAGAAGUCUUCAUGGGAAUUUAAGAAAGCCAAGAAUGGAGCUUUGCUUGUCGAUGGUCACCUACGGGUCCAGCUGAAAGACGAAACAGGCCGACGUUUAUGCCUGGGAGACAACGCCGUUCUGGAGACAGGUUCUCCGCCGGCAACGGCCCAAGCGACACAUCAGAUGGCCAAGUGGCUCGGCAAGCGUCUCAAUAAGAGAGACCUGGGCCAGACUGCGCCAUUCAAGUUCCGUGACCUGGGGACGAUGGCAUACAUAGGUGAAGAGAAAGCCCUGAUGCAGAUUCCACAUAACGGGGAUGGGAAAAAACGGUUGAAGUAUCUUCCCGAAGGACUCAGGGGCCGGCUGGCUUCCUGGAUCUGGGAUGGAGCCUAUAUCACGAUGAGCAUCAGCUGGAGGAACAAACUUCGGGUGGCGUUUCGGUGGACUCUCAAUAGAAUGUUUGGGCGCGAUGUGUCUCGGUUUUGA